CGUCUUCGUCAUUCGCCCCGUGGUCGUCGGAAAAGUCGGCAGGGAAAAGCCUGAAAAUCGCUCGCCAGCCGCAUUAUACGAUGCGCCAGCAAGGACAUCGGCCCAAGUCGCGCAUCGCCAAUUUCUAACUACUCUUCUAGUUGAAACUCAAACUGCAAAUAUUUUUAUAUUUGCUGCAAUCAAUAGGCUUGCAAUUACACACGCACCAUCCGAAAGCUUAAAUGUCAUGGCAGAAAAAAGGCUACUGCUGGAGCGGGAAGACUCCCCAGAAACGGAUCAGCUGAAAGUACAAAUGACCAGGAGAAAGUCCAUCCUGCAGGUUAUUCUACACCGACAUCUGCCCGUUAGCUGCCGGGUCUGUGCCCUCCGACGGAAAUCGGUACUCGCAUUGGUGGUGGCCUUUGUGUUUUUCUACUUCCUAAUUGGAAGACCCGACUGGGUGAAUGUCCUGGAUUUGGAUGCUCUGCAUGCGGAUAAUUUCCUCACUGUUCACCAUCAGUCCACAGCCGUAGAUGUAUUGUCCCAUAAUGAGAGUAUUCAAUUUAUCCCGGAAGGCUUCCUUGUGUAUAGCAACUCCUGCCGCAUCCAAGAAGUGGAUCCCUACAAGCCGGAGGUGAUGCGUCACUUUAAACGGAUGAAGUACACGCCCUGCCAGAAGCUGCCACCUCUGACCCAAGUAAAGUUCGACGACAAAUCCCAAAAGUACAUCCUACGCAUCGACGGCGAGGCUCUCACGAAAUAUCCUGUGACCCAUCAGCUGCACUGCUGCUAUAUGGUGGUGGAGCGGAUCAAUGAGUCGGAGGUCAACUACACAAAGUGUCACGUUUUCAAGGGAAGCACCGAACUACCCAAUUCGGCAGAGGGCAUCAUCGUGAAAUGCAGUUCCAAUAACGUACAAAUUUACAUCAACGGUCAUGCCACCGUUCCCGUGAAGGAGGCAGUCCAGCAGAGACUCCAGGCAGCAUCCGAGAAAGAUUUGCAAGGGAACGAGGUGGAUCCGGAAAAGGAUGAAGCUAAAUCCCGGCCACUCAGUGUCCUGAUGCUUGGCAUCGACAGCAUUUCCCGAGUGAAUCUCAUUCGGGCCAUGCCCAAAACAGCCCAAUAUCUUUAUGACAACGACUGGUUCGAGUUGGCAGGAUAUAAUAAGGUGGAUGACAAUACGUUCCCCAACAUCAUGGCCUUGACCACUGGCUACAAUCUGAGUAGCGCCCAUAAGGCCUGUUCCCCUCUGAAGGUUGGUGGCUUGGACCAGUGCAGAUUCAUCUGGAAACUGUACCAGGAGCAUGGCUAUGUAACAGCCUACGCGGAGGAUGCUGUCAAGAUAAACACUUUUAACUACCUGAAGAAGGGCUUUGUGCAUCCGCCGACGGAUUACUACCUUCGUCCGUAUCUCUCCGCCGCUGAGAAGCUUCUAGACCGCACCACCGUCAUGGGGUUGCCUCACUGUCUGGGCUACGAAACCGCGGCGGAGCAUGUGUACGACUACGCGAUGGAGUUUACCAGAAGGUACCUCAACGAUACCUACUUUGGGUUCUUCUGGACCAACACCCAUUCCCACAGCGACAUAUCCCAGACAAGCAGCAUGGAUGAGUACAUGGUUGAGCUUCUCCAGAAAUUGGUGCUUCAGGGGACCAUGGAAAACAGCAUAGUGGUGUUCUUCAGUGACCAUGGCCUGCGUUUUGGCCCAACCAGAGUCACCUGGUCAGGGCAUUUGGAGGAAAGGCUGCCUGUGAUAUUCUUUUGGUUGCCGGAACACCUAAGGAAAUCCCAUCCGGAGUUUGUGCAGGCUCUGCAGGUGAAUAAAAAUCAUUUGACCACGCCAUACGAUCUCCAUCUGACCAUGAAGCAUAUACUCUCCCUAUCCGGACGGGUGAACUAUGAGUCUCUGGGCCCGGCGCCCGACUGUCCCCAGUGUCAGACUCUAUUCCGACCAGUACCGCUGCAAAGGAGUUGUGCCGAUGUGAGCAUUGCGGAUCAUUGGUGCACCUGUUGGGCCUACGAAAGCGUAUCCAGUACCUCCCAAGAAACCCGCAAGCUGGGGAAGCGUGUGGUAAAAUACCUGAACACAUUUGUGGCCGAGUUCCGGAACGGCACAUACGCCAAACUCUGUGCGCCACUUUCUCUGCACAAAAUCCGAUCGGCGUUUCGGGCGCAUCCCAAUGCCCUCGAUCCGGAGGAUGUGAAAACCUAUCGACUGAUAUUUGUCACGUCGCCGAACAAUGGGUGGUAUGAGGCUACGGUCCGACAUAAUCGGUCGGAUGACUCCGUUGUUGUUACGGGCUCUGUGAGCCGACUAAAUGUUUAUAGCGGAGAGUCCGAGUGUAUGAAGGAUUUCGCUGCCAAGAAAUAUUGCUACUGCCGGCAAAAAAAGGGUUAGGAAUUAGAUUAGAUUAGACUUUAAGGCUAGUGCCCAAGUGCCGUUAAUCAGGUUCGAAUCUGGCAAUUAUAUUGUAUAUACUUGUACACAUUUAUUUACAUAUAUACAUAAUGUAUCUCUCCUUCAGACCGAAACUAUACGGUGUGCUUUUUAAACUUCUCGAACUUAUAUCCUAUUGUGAUAAACAUUUGUAUUUUUUCAUUCAUUCUUUUCAUGCGUCG